GUUUUCCCAGGAAGUUGAUGAUGUGUAUUUACAAGACGUUCAUAGCUAGCGAAGCCGCGCUUUAGCUACUUAAUGUAUAUUUAGUCUACAAACGAUAGUGGUUACUUAGAGACUGAUACUUUUAUUUAACAUUUAUACGUAGCUUGUUGUUUGAUUUCUAGUCAAGAAUGGUGUAAUAUGGUGAGUACGCUGAUGAAGAUGCUUUGCUAGCUAGCUAACAGCUGUCAGUGCCAUCUUUGCAGUACUAGCCUAGCUUGUCGAAAAUACUGCCAGUAGCUAGCUAUGUAUCCUGUGAUUUAUAUUUAGCCAUAUAGCUAGUUAGGCUUACUAAUUUAGCUACUCAAUUUAACACAUUUUAGCUCUACGUUAGCUAAAGACUGCCUCCGCAGUUUUUCGUUUGACAUGCACACAGUUGUCAAAAUGAAACGACCAUCAAUUCUGUGUGAAAAUUGCUUCUGCCUCUCUUCUACACAGCUGUUCCUCGACUAGCCCAACUCGAAUAGAUGGGGGACGUGUCACUUGAGAAUGGAGGAUACUAUCAUCAGUGAUGAUGGCUGCAUUAACGGUGUGGUGGCGUUACACAAGUGGCCAUCUCCUUGGUGGAUGGGGACCGCUGCUCUGCCUGUUCCUGGGCUCUCUGGUGGCGCUGUUGAUGCCCAUGGUGGGGGUGGAGGACCAAUGCUGUGCCACUCUAAAGGGGAUUGCCCAGUUGCACUGCCAGCUGUGGGGUAAAACUCAGCGCCCCACUGUCCAGUCCACCAGCCUCACUGUCCCCUUUACAGCCCUUGAUCUCCUGCCCCUUAGGGCCAAGCCCAGUAUAGGUAAGUGUGAAGCUGUCAUGAAAUAUACUUCUGGUUGUAAGAACUAAAUCAAUGGUUGGUGGUAGUGCACUGUUCAAAAAGAAAAUACAACUGUCAGCUAAUAGGGAUAAUUCAUUUCCAGAGUGUAUUAAGGGUGGGAGGAUAACACCCUCCAUACUCUUCGGUUCAUGAUUCAUAUUUAAAAGUACAAAUAUAUAUGAAAUCACCUUUUUUGAAUGGGUUAAUACAUGUCUUGGACAGCACAGCCUGGUUAUGCAAUGUAUUUGGUGUGUGCUGAUUGCAGAGACCCAGCUGGAGGCCAAGGCAGCCCUGCAACAGGCUGUGGAGAUGAAGAAGCAGGGGAAGAGAGAGAAGGCCCACAAGCUGUUGGUGCAUGCACUCAACAUGAACCCAGACUUUGUGGAAGCUCUGACGGAGCUGGGGACCAUUCUGGAAGAGAAGGACGUUGUCCAGGCGGACCAUCUGUAUACCAAGGCCCUGGCCAUCUCACCAUGCAACGAGAGGGCCCUGGUGAGCCGUGACCGCACACUCCCCCUGGUGGAGGAAAUCGACCAACGCCACUUUGGGGUUAUCGACAGCAAAGUACGCAGGCUGAUGUCCAUCCCCAAAGGUAACUCUGCUCUUAGACGUGUCAUGGAGGAAACAUACUACCACCACAUCUACCACACAGUGGCCAUAGAGGGCAACACACUCACUCUGUCUGAGAUCCGCCAUAUCAUUGAGACUCGCUACGCCGUACCCGGCAAGAGCCUGCAGGAGCAGAACGAGGUCAUCGGUGUGGACGCGGCCAUGAAGUACAUCAACACCACGCUGCUGUCCCGAGCUGGGGCCAUCACUGUCAAUGACAUCCUGGAGAUCCACCGGCGCGUGCUGGGCUAUACAGACCCUGUGGAGGGUGGGCGGCUGCGUACCAGCCAGGUGUUUGUAGGCCACCACAUCCCACCCCACCCCCAGGACCUGGAGCGCCACAUGCAGGACCUGGUGCAGUGGCUCAACUCAGAGGAGGCCCUACAGCUGCACCCCGUGGAGUAUGCAGCGCUUGCGCACUAUAAGCUGGUGUACGUGCACCCCUUUGUGGACGGGAACGGACGUACAUCACGGCUGCUAAUGAACCUGGUGCUCAUGCAGGCACGCUACCCACCCAUCACCAUCCGCAAAGAGCAAAGGUCAGAGUACUACGCCGUCCUGGACACUGCCAACGAAGGCGACGUCCGCCCCUUCAUCCGCUUCAUAGCCAAAUGCACAGAGAUCACCCUGGAUACCCUGCUGAUCGCCACCACUGAGCACCCUGUGGGGCUGCCUGGCUCCAGCCACCACCAAGCCUGUCCAAACUGCAAACAAACCAUACCUGUCCACAACCGUGAGAGGGGACGGGAGUGAGUGGG